GUAGUUUGCUAUUCUCCAUUGUACCCUUUAACGAGGAGUUAGCAUAUUGAUAAACAAAAAAUCCACCAGGGACGAGCCAAGCAUUAAAAGAGGAGGGUUUGAGGGCGGGGGAUCGAACUCUAGAAGGAAGUUGAGCCGCCUUAUAAAGAGGACUGUUGUGUGUGGACGUCUGCUGCUGGAGUUCGCUGAUCCGAGGCGAAAACGCGUUUCCGCCCACAAAAAGAUGGCGGCUCCCUUAAUGCAGAAGCUGUCGGAGUCCUUAGGUUCUCCGGAACCCGCGGUGCGGCUAAUUUUAUCCAUUUUGAUCGGCUAUCCCUGUGCAGUGGUGUACCGGCGCUUCUUGUUCCACCAGCCUGCCACCGUCCUCCACUUGUUCCACUUGUUCUCCGGUUUGGCUCUGGCAGCUUUUAAUUUUGCAGGUGCUCAGCUUUAUCACUCUGCAGUAUGCAUCUUGGUUCAGUUCCUGAUGUUGAGACUAAUGGGGAGGACUGUCACGACUGUUCUAAGCAGUUUUACCUUUCAAAUGGUAUACCUGCUGGCCGGGUAUUAUUACACAGCAACAGAGCAGUAUGACAUUAAGUGGACGAUGCCUCAUUGUGUCCUCACACUUAAACUCGUUGGUUUGGCGUUUGAUUACUACGAUGGAGGAAAGGAACCGUCCAAACUGAGUCUAGAGCAGAAGAGCAGCGCCCUGCCGUCAGUGCCCUCGCUGCUCGAGGUAGCCGGCUUUUCUUACUUUUACGGAGGCUUUUUAGUGGGUCCCCAGUUUACCCUACGCAGCUACCAGAAGCUGGUGGCAGGGGAGCUCACCGACUGCCCGGGACAGCCUCCCAACAGUGUUUUCCCUGCAAUGAAGAGGUUUGGAUUGGGCUUUUUGUUCCUGGCGAUAUAUACAAUAUUUGCUCCCUAUUACCAAGACAGCUAUUACCUAACAGAUGAGUUUGAGGCUCAGCCUUUCUGGUAUCGCUGUGUUUUUAUUCUCCUCUGGGGAAAAGUCAUGUUGUAUAAAUACGUCAGCUGUUGGGUUAUAGCGGAGGGUGUCUGUAUAUUAACCGGACUGGGCUACAACGGAAUGGUGGACGGGAAGCACCAAUGGGACGCCUGUGCCAACAUGAAGGUUUGGCUAUUUGAAACCACCCCCCUUUUUGGAGGAACCAUCGCCUCUUUCAACAUUAACACGAACGCCUGGGCAGCGAGACACGUGUUCAAGAGGUUGAAGUUCCUGGGCAACAAGACCUUGUCUCAUGUGACCACGCUGGUCUUUUUGACAAUUUGGCACGGCCUUCACUCUGGAUACAUCCUGUGUUUCUCCAUGGAGUUCUUUAUUAUCACUGUGGAGAGACAGGCCCAGGCAUUAGUGCGGGACAGCCCCCAGCUGACGAGACUGGCCAACAGUCCCCUUUACCCCCUCAUCUAUGUGAUCCAGCAGUUCUUCCACUGGCUGUUCAUGGGGUAUCCUCUGGUGGCGUUCUGCCUUUUCACCUAUGACAAAUGGCUCAAGGUGUAUUCUUCCGUCUACUUUUGCGGCCAUGUGUUUUUCUUCGUGGCCUAUUUAAUCCUGUCAUACCUCCGCAAAGCUCUAGUGCCUAAAACAAGAACAGAAUGAUGGUAAAUGCAGAACUAAAGCCUGGUUCUAACAUUGUGCAUGGCCUGUCUAAGGCCGAAUCUCCUCUGAAGGGAACUGUGACUUUCAAGAAGCAGAACGAAAACUAUUUUAAGGCCUUUAGUAAUAUAUAUGUGAAUAUAUGUCCAUGUAAAAAGAAAUUUCAAUAUAUUUUUGUGUUGGUUUUUUUUUCUGUGGGAGAGGAUUUUACUAAACAUUUAAGGAAAUGUUUACAGGAAAUUACCAUUGUGCCAUUUGGGGUCAACUUCAGUCGAUUUAGGGGCAACUACUUUAUGUACUUUUUUUUUUUUUCCUGUACUCUUGGAAAUCUGGAGACUUGUGCUAUAGGAAGACAGGAUCGCACAGGAGUCACAGGUUUGCUUUUCCUUCCUUGUUUUUGUUCAGGUACCCACAUUUAAUAAGUGUAAGCACAAAACCGCAGUGUGUGUGACUGUGCUGUCGUGAUGAAUGACAUGGAUAGUUUUGAACAAGUUUGAUACAGAUAAAUAUUUGAUUGUUGUGUGUAAAUGGCUGCUACUGGUUCUAUAAGCUCUGUAAACUGCACACUGUACACUAACACCCGACUAAGUCAGUGGGGCCUUGCCUAACCAUUGUUUGUGCCCUUUUUUCCCCCUUGGAAUUUAACUUAUGAUCAAAAAAAAGACUUGAUUUUUUUUUUUAAAAGAGUUUUAAGGGGUUUUAUAAAUGUGUUGUAGUUUUUGGAGAAGUUUCAUGAAACGUUCAGCAAUUCUUCAUGUUGUUCUGCUCUUUUUCCACAUCCUGUCUUUUUUUUUCUGUUUCUUUUUUGAGUGUGUGCCAUUCCUCUGUACGUCUGCCAGCCCCUCAAAGUGAAAUGCACAAUUGUGAAAGACGAUCCGUAUGAAAAGUUUCAUUUCCUCCUGUGUUCAGUUCGAUGUCUUUAAAUAUUGUUUUGGAUUUCAGAGUAAAGUCCUUGCAUUGUGGACACCAACAGCCUCUUCCAGGUGGAAUAAAGAAGGUCCUCCUGAAAGAUUCCUGCUCCUAAGGAAAAAUAACCCCGUUUUUCUUUUUCUUUUUUUCAUUAUUUUUGGAACAUGGAAAUGUUGGGCCACCUUGCACACGGGAAGAAGGCCUGUGUUCUGCUGCCCACACCACAGUCCUUUCACACAGAGGGGAGAGGCCAAACCGUAGUCAUGCAGCCCCAGAUUUGAGUGAUAUUUAUACACAAGAUGUUGAUUAAUGAAUGAACUGCUAUUUAAAAAUGGUUUUUUAAACCCUUUGUAAAUUAAUUAAAGACACUUUGAGAAGAUAAUGGGAGGUGGGGUAAUUUUCAAAUAAUAUUUUGUAUUGUUUAAUAAAAAUGCUGUUUAAAGUA